CCUCAUCUCCACUUCUCUCUUUCUAGGGCCCCUGUAAGCCUUUUGCCUCAGCAUCCUCAAGGCUCCUCUUGUCUCUUCUUUAAGCUGUCUUUCCACUUCGGCUGUGAAAACAAUGGCCACGCCGAGCCUGCUCCUCACUCUAUACGUGUGGUUUCUGGCCGGGAGCCUCUUAGCGGAGGCGACCUACUACCGCCACCACCGCUACAUCCCCCAGUUCUACCGCUACCGGGAGCACUCCGCCAACACGGAGAACCUCCUCCCUGAGGUCUCCAACCCGGUGCCUGAAGUCUCGCAGCCCGGUGCGCCGACAUACCCCGAGGUCCCCGAGGUCUUUCACCCGGCACCUGAAGUCACCCAUCCCAUACCAGAGGCUUUCCACCCGGUGCCCGAAGUCGUGUAUCCUGCACCUGAGCCUUAUCACCCGCUUUCGGUGCGUGAACCCGCACCUGAGGGGUCCUCCCCUGUCAACACGAGUCGUGUUUUCUAUGGGAUCAUGUUUGACGCUGGGAGCACAGGCACCAGGAUCCAUAUCUACAAGUUCAUUCAGAAAGACCCCGUUGAGCUUCCAGUUCUGGUCAACGAAAUGUACCAUGCAGUGAAACCUGGACUGUCUUCGUACAAGGACGACCCUGAAGAGGGUGGCAACACCAUCCGCCAGUUACUGAAGAUUGCCAAGAAGACGGUGCCAGAGGACGACUGGAGAAGAACCCCGGUGGUCCUGAAGGCCACAGCAGGUCUGCGUCUGCUGCCUGAAGACAAGGCCAGGGCUCUUCUGAGGGAGGUACAAACGGUGUUUGAAGAAUCCCCUUUCUAUGUGCCGAGCAACAGCGUUUCUAUCAUGAAUGGAAAAAAUGAAGGAGUCUUCGCCUGGGUCACAGUGAACUUCCUUACAGGUCACUUGUACUCUAACACAAAGAGGACAGUUGGCAUUCUGGAUUUGGGUGGAGGAUCUACGCAGAUCACAUUCCUUCCAAAAUCAAAGAAAACCAUUCAGUCUGCUCCAUCUAAUUACAUCGCCAGCUUCAACCUGUUUGACCAUACAUAUCAGCUCUACACACACAGCUACCUUGGAAAUGGACUAUUUGCAGCUCGCUAUGCAACUGUUGGAGCACUGGGAGCUGAUGGUCUGGAUUGGAAAAUCUUCACUAGCUCAUGCCUCCCGAAAAAGUUCAGGGGAAAUGGGACUUUUUCAGGAACCAUCUACAAAGUUAGCGGGAUUCCAGACGGAUAUGCCGGUUAUAAGUUGUGCUACUACGAGGUCAUGAAGGUUAUCAAAGGAAUAGUUCAUCAGCCUUAUGAAGUGAGAGGCAGCAGCGUCUUCUAUGCUUUCUCCUACUACUUCGACAAAGCUGUGGAGUCUGGUCUCAUCGAUGGCAGUCGAGGUGGUACAGUUGAAGUCAGGGAUUUUAAGAAAAGAGCCAAAGAAGUGUGCAACAAAAUGACCAAAUACGGUGCUAUUAAUCCUUUCCUCUGCAUGGAUCUGACAUACAUCACCUGCCUGCUAAAAGAGGGCUUUGGCUUUAAAGACAGCACAGUGCUACAUCUCGCCAAAAAGGUGAAUAAUGUGGAGACAAGCUGGGCCCUGGGGGCAACCUUUGACUUCUUCAGAAACCUUAAAAUCCACUAAGGACAGCUCGCUGUUGCUGCAGCUGGCACUGAGAGGGACUGUCACUGUGGGGCUUACCUUCCUCCAUCCAUCCUCAGUCGGCCCACCCAGUCCCACCACGCUUCCUCAAUCACAACGCCCCUCCUCUCCUCAACCUCAGCACUCUGCGAACACUUCAAGAACUGUUGAAAAAGAAAUCACUAUUUUUUUUACAAGGCCAGCUAUUUCUACUGUAUGUUGAGCUCAUAACUGGCAGGCUGACUUUAUUUUUGUACAACGUUUACAUUUUUUUGGUUCCGUAUGGGUGUCUAAUCUGAAAUAGCUUUCCCACCUACCUGCAAAGUGCGUAGAAGGUCAUUUAGAAACAAUACAACCAGUCAUGGUACUUUGGUGCUUACUGUGGUGCCAGUGUACACUGUAUAGUACAGUGGAAUAUUUAUAGACUAGUUGCUGGAACAGCAACCAUAGUUGUCUUUGUAGAUGCUUGGAAAUCCAUUUUCUUAUUUUGCUAAUAGUAAAAUCAUUUUACAAGAUCCUAGUUCAUUUGCUCUAGCCUUAGACAAGUUAGACAUCAUUGGAAACAGAGCAGCUGACCAUCAUAUAGCUUCUAUUUACUUUGCAAGUAACACUUUAACUGCAGAUCAUGUAGCCAUUGUGCAUAUUCAUCAUUAGUGGUGGAUUCACCAUGACCCAGGGGCAAAGAUGAGAUGUGGAGAUGCCUCUGACAGGGUGGGUUAUAGAUGCUGGAACAUGAAUGAGGUUAAAUCCCAUAUUUCUUUUUCAAAGUGCAGUCAAUACUGUUAGAUUCAAAUAUCAAGCAGGGCUUAAUUUCACGGGGGCCUUUGUGCUGAACUGCACUUUAAACCAGCCGCAACAACAACAAAAAAACCUCAUCCAGGGUAAACUGUGCAUCCAAAAAUCAUAAUCCACAGCCAAAGAAUUUUGUAAUAACAUCUUUGAAAACCCUUCUUGAUGCUGGUUGCUCAGAAUCAUUGGUCAUAAUGAAUUCUGUCUGUAUUUCUUGUGAACUGUACAAAUAUUUAAAUAACUGAAAGUUUAUGUAAGAGUAUUUUAUGUAUCCUCACACAAUAUUAAAUGUUUAAACUCUUUGUGUAACCGUUCUGUAAGCCAUGCCUCUACUGUCCUUUUAGUAUUCAACAUAUUCCAAUAACUACUGCUGUAUAUACAUAAUGGAAACUUAGUGAAACUAUUUGGUAAGAAGUGCUUUUACAAUGCAAAAACUUUAUGCUGCAAAAUGCAUCUGUGUUCAUCAGUAUGGGUACACUGAUGUCUGAUAAUAUGUCAAUUUUUAUUAAAUC